AAGCGAGACGAUUCCGUGUCCAGCAAGAGUUUCUUCCGCCGUUUCUGCUUCCCAGGACUCGUGAGCGCCGACACCGUGACGUCCGGGAUGUCAUCUGACGGCAUCCUCACUGUUACUGUACCAAAGACAACAUCGGGAUCGAAGGCCAGUGCGGUUUCUGAAGCGUCAACAUCUCAGGUUUCCCAGACUUCAUCUCAAAACACAGAAGAAAAACAAACUCUCACAAAGGUAUCCAAAUCAGAACAGCAAAGUUUUCGUUCCGAGUAUCAGAAUACAUCUACCAGAAGGACUGAAGCGACAUCGUCACUCGCAAACAAAAUUACAAGUGAGGAAAACCAAGAAGGCGCCAAUAGUAGAAUCUGUGAAAGCGGAAGCUCGCUUCUAGAAAGCACACAGUCAAGCAAGGACGCAGUGGACGACCAGUGGCUUCCCAUCUCCUCGAAGGGUCAGUUCUUCUCUGAUUCCUUCUUCGAAGACGUCCGUAAGGACUUCGAAACGGCUGUCAAUGAAGUCCUCAGCAGGCAUGACAUCAUGAGGAGUGCCAACGACGAACUCUCCUGCUACCGAAGUCUCCGGGAACGUGAGCUCAAGGAUGAGACUCAGGCGAUGAAGACCACGGAAGAUCAACACGGAUUUAAGGUGGUGUUGGACGUCCACGACUUCAUGAGCGAAGACGUCAGAGUGAAGGUGGUGGACAACAAGGAGGUGGUGGUGGAAGGUCGUGCGGAGAAGAACGACGGAACCUUAAGGUCAAGCAAAAGCUUCUGUCGACGCUUCACUCUUCCUGGCGCAGUGGACAUGAAUGCUGUCACCUCAGCCAUGUCUCCGACGGUGUCCUCACCAUCACUGCGCCGAAGAUUGUGGUUUAAAUACCUCAAGAAUGGAAAUAUCAACUGCAAUAGCCCAAUAGCCCAAGAGCAGCCUCCGUAUAGGUUUCUCAUACCUCUGGAUAAUACAGAGGUAACUGAAUAUUACUGA